AUGACAUCCAAUCUUUCAAACUCAACAGAUACUACAAACGAACAUGAUUCCGCCUCACAAGCUCUCGAACCUCAUUCUCCAAAGCCGCUGAAAACAAGGAUAUGUCGCUAUUUCAGUAAAUCAGGGAAUUGUCGAGCUGGUGACAGCUGCUCAUUCAUCCAUGACCCGACGAAACUUCCUAGCCGUGCCACGGUAAAUAAAACAGUGCCCGAGGUUUCUCAGGCUUCGAUAUCGGAAGCUACACAAAGACAAAAUGUGAUUCAAAAUCAUUCAUCACAAGCUACCACAAAUUUUGUUCCAGCAUCACGGGUGGUAUCAAAGCCGGUACCACAAGCACAAACUGAAAACCCUCGAGAAUUUCAGCUAGGACAAAUUCGAAGACGAUUUUCCCCCAAGGAGAUUCGACCAUCUGGAAAUGCCGAGGGUACUACUAUUCUAAAGUUCAAUCUCACACCAUCGGAUCCAGAUUUCCCUUUUGAGAUGACUGCUUUGGAAUGUUCUCUUACAGUGCCUCCUCGAUAUCCUACUUCCCCACCUAGUUUGAGGGUAGAGAAUAAGGAUAUUCCCAGAGGAUUUGCUAUCAAUGUGGAGAAUGGCUUCGAUCAAUUGAUUAACGAAAAGGAGAAUGCUACCUUGUUGGAUUUGAUGAAAUCAUUGGAUAAGCACCUGGAAGAGUUUUUAUCUGCGCAAAAAGCCGAGACAGUUAAAAUUGUCAUGAACAAAGACACGCGACAUCUCUCCAUUCCGAGCAGAGAAGUACAACUUGUGGUUCUACCACCUCAGCCUGAAUCUGCAAUGAAAGAAUCAGAACAACCCAAGGUUACUCCAGUUAAAGCAAUUGUAAGUUUCACGGAAUCCGAGAAAGCUGAGGCAUCGAAAAAAAGAGAACUAGAAACCAGACAAUUGGAAGCGAGAAUGGGUAGAUUACCCCUUUACAAGAAAUCCAGCGAUGGGAUUGCAUAUACCGUGCCAAUUGAACCCCGGAAACGAGGUGAUUUGCCACCGUCGAUCAAAGCUGUUAAAGCCAUUCAACUUUUUGUGCCCACAAUCUAUCCACUCGAACCUUGUCGAAUCAAAUUGGAAGGAGUAGAUGCUCCGGAAGCAAAAUCUGUAGAGAAAGAAUUUGGACAGAAAGCUGAAGAAGCAAAAGCUUUGAACUUGAUGGGUUAUAUUAAUUACCUUGCACAAAAUAUGCACGUUCUUGCAAAGACUGUCUUGAAUACAGAGCCGAAACCUACUCCUGUUGUACGAACACCGUCGCCUGUUGUUGAAGAACAAAAGGAAGUCAAGGGGAAAAGUAUUUCCACCGAUGAGAAUGAAGAGAAGAGUCACAUUCAGUAUAUUGCUCGACCACCCGAGUGGACGAUUGUCAAUGCUGAGGAUGCAGAGUACUCUGACUCUGACUCGAUGUACUCUUAUGACAGCGGUGACGAAUCAGAAACCGAUGAAGGAGGAGUUGGAGUUGAGCAUGAACCUGAAAACCCAACACCCAAUCCUGAACGCGGUACAGCUAUAUCAUUCCCCUUUAUUGAACUUUAUGGCAUCGAGUUAUUGGAGGUUACUACCUUGAACAUCACUGUCAAAUGUUCUCGCUGCAGGGAGAUUACAGAAAUCAAAGGUCUUAAAACUGGAGUUCAAGAGACCGAGACAUGUAGGAAAUGCGCAACUGCACUUGCAAUUUGCUACCGUGGAGAUUUCGUUCACGCAAGCAAUGUCCGAGCUGGAUUCUUGGAUUUGGAAGGAUGUGUAGUUAGUGAUAUGUUACCUAGUACAUUCAGGCCAACAUGCUCCACAUGUUCCACCGUAUAUCCAGCUCCUGGAAUCGUUUCUAUCCGCGGUGAAACAACUACAAAUGUUUGUCGAGAAUGUCAUUCCAAGUUCACCUUUUCAAUUCCUACUAUAAAGUUUCUUCACAUCUCUUCCUCAGCAACUCCUCAUAAUCUCCUCCCUAGAAAGAAGAAAGAAACUCUCGGUAUUGUCCCUGGUACUCCUUUGCCCAAAAAUGGCCUCUGUCGCCAUUACGGUAAAAGUUACCGCUGGUUUCGUUUUAGUUGUUGCGAAAAGGUAUAUCCAUGUGAUAAAUGUCAUGAUGAAACAGAAGAACAUGUAAAUGAAUGGGCUAAGAAAAUGAUCUGCGGAUGGUGUAGUAGAGAGGGGAAUUAUAGACCAGAAGAUUGUGCAGGAUGCGGAGAGAGGGUGAUUAGUCGGAGGAGGGGAGGAGCGAGUUUCUGGGAGGGAGGAAAGGGAACGAGAGAUAAGACGAGGAUGAGUAGAAAGGAUAAGAGGAAGUAUAGGAGGGUUGGUGGUGGGACGGUGAAGAAGACUUGA